CCUGAGCAGUCCGCGCGGAGCGUCGGAGAGCCCGCGUGCAGCCUCCCCAUGCUCUGAGCCCCGCGCGCACACUUACGCCUCGUGGGUGUUUGAACAUGUGAAGAGACUUUUCAACAGGCUCCGGGCUGGGGGGCGGGGGGGGUCAGCCGAGUCCCGCAGUACCUGCGGGGAGAACUUACAGAGGAGCGGCUCGGGGACUAGACACGCGCGGAUCUGUUCUGCGAGACAAGAGGGGUGAGAACCCAGCGCUGCCUCCACAGAUGCUGUGAAGACCUCUCGUUCCAUUGAGCAGGACUGUGUCCACCGGCAGAGCUGCAGGGAUGUACCAGGAGGUGGCCUUCCUGGCAGGGAGUAAAGAGCAGCAGUUCACCACCUUCCACUUCAACCGUGUGGAGAAUCCACAGGAAGUGACCUCCAAAAAGGGUUUGUUCUACAAGCGAGCCCAGCUCCUUCUCCACCAGCAGGAUGGAGGAGACAUCGGCUUGGCUGACAGAGCAGCCAUCAUUAACGUGGGGGGCAUCAAGUACCGCAUUCCCUGGUCGACUUUGGAUGAGUUUCCAUUGACCCGACUGGGAAAGCUGCACAGCUGCAGCAACGAAGCGGAGAUCAUGGACGUGUGCGACGACUACGACGGCAGCCGCAAUGAGUAUUUUUUUGACCGAAGUCCGUCUGCCUUUCGCAUCAUUGUGACUUUUUUGGCGGCGGGAAAGCUGAGGCUCCUGAGGGAAAUGUGCGCCCUGUCCUUCCAGGAGGAGCUGCUCUACUGGGGGGUGGAGGAGAACAAUCUGGAAUGGUGCUGCCUCCGGAAGCUGCGCCUCAGGCAGGAGGAGUACAAAGAGCAGCUGAGGCUGGAAGACGAGGAGGCCGAGCUCACCUCACCACAGUCCUGCGAGGAGAGCCAACAGCCUCCUGGGGGGCCUGAGGAGACCUUCACAGGGGGCUGCAUGAGGAGGCUGAGGGACAUGGUGGAGAACCCCCACUCUGGGCUCCCAGGAAAAAUCUUUGCCUGCCUGUCAGUGUUGUUUGUAGCCAUCACUGCCGUGACGCUGUGUGUUAGCACCAUGCCUGAUCUCAGAGAGGAGGAGGAGAGGGGUGAGUGCUCCCAGAGGUGCUACAACAUCUUUGUUCUGGAGACGGUCUGCGUGGCCUGGUUCUCCCUGGAGUUCCUGCUGCGCUUCAUUCAGACUCAGAGCAAGUGCAUGUUCCUGCGAACACCUCUAAACGUAAUUGACGUGGUGGCCAUCCUUCCCUACUACAUCACCCUCAUCGUGGACUCCCUGUCCGGAGGAAGGAAGCCUGCCGGCUCAGGGAACAACUACCUGGAGAAGGUGGGCUUAGUCCUCCGAGUUCUCCGAGCGCUACGGAUCUUUUACGUCAUGAGGCUGGCUCGCCACUCUUUGGGCUUGCAGACGCUCGGCCUGACGGUGAGGCGGUGCACGCGGGAGUUUGGUCUGCUGCUGCUGUUCCUCUGUGUGGCCAUGGCGCUUUUCUCUCCUCUGGUGUUCCUCGCUGAGAGCGAAAUGGGAGCUAAGCAAGAAUUCACCAGCAUUCCUGGUAGCUACUGGUGGGCGGUAAUCUCCAUGACCACAGUUGGUUAUGGAGACAUGGUUCCCAGAAGCAUCCCCGGCCAGGUGGUGGCGCUCAGCAGUAUCCUGAGCGGCAUCCUCCUCAUGGCCUUCCCCGUCACCUCCAUCUUUCACACGUUCUCUCGCUCCUACGUGGAGCUGAAGGAGGAGCAGAACCGGGCACUCAGGCAGAAGCCAGACUCGCAGGACAGCACCAAGUCCCAGAACAGUGAGGACUCUCAGGACGACAGCUACCAAGGCAUCACGGAGGCAGCGGUGGCGGCGGCUGCAGUGCAGCGGCGGAAGUCCAUGGCUGCUCAGAGGGCUGCAGAGAUCAGAGAGUCCAUGCAGUUGUAGACUGGCAGUCUGGGUGAAGAGGGGACCUCAGACUGUUAACAGAGAUCUUCUUCUCUGGUUUUCUCCUUUAAACACGUGAAGGGCGGAGCUUUAGACUCUUACAAAGAAGCUCCAGAGGUUUUUUUUCCCCACAUAUGACUUUGGGAAAAAAAAUAUUUAUGAUUAAACACAUUUAGCACAGUGAGCUUAAGAAACAUUUAGGUUAAAAAAAGAGGUUUCUCUUUCACGCACAUUUGAUUAUUGAUCUCCUAGCUUUUGGUUUGAAUUUGAAAUGAUAUUGUUGUCCAAUUUGUGCUGCUUUCUUGCAAAAAAA